GCCGUUGCGCUACCAACUAUUUGAAAAAAGUUGAAGAAAUAAUAUUUAAAAAAAAAAAAAAACAAAAUCCGAAACGACCGUUAAGUUUUCUCAUCUUCUUCACCUUCAAUUCUCCUUUUCCUCAUCAUAAAAAAACACUCUGUUUGUAGCUCUGGUUUUUAGCCUAACUCAGAUUUUGUAAUGGCGAAUGAUUUCGUGUUCACCGAGGAAGAAAUGGGGGUCGACGGAGGCCUCGGCUACCCGAAAGCCUUCGCCAAGCUUUGUCGAGAUCGGAGUUUCGGGCCCUUCAGCCAUGGCCCGCCCUACACUUUCACCCCAUACGCUUUGGUCCAUCAAGAGGAUGCAAGAGCUGAGGAAUUGGAUGAGAUGUUUCCGUUGACUGAUCCCAAAGCGAAACCCACGACGAAGCCCAAGAUCUUCUUGAAUCUCCUAUGGAAACAGCUCAACCAUCUUGGGAAUGCUGGUUUCGACCCAGAAAUGAUUCGAGUGGAUCCGUAUGGCAAUGUUGUGUACUUCCAUGCUGAUGCUGCUUCCCCUCUUGCAUGGGAUAUCGAUCAUUGGUUUCCUUGCUCAAGAGGAGGACUGACUGUUCCAAGCAACCUCCGAAUCUUGCAAUGGCAAGUCUGUAGAAGAAAGCAUAACAAGCUAGAAUUUCUGAUUCCUUGGUGGGAUUUGCAAGUAGGCAUAUCCAUUAACCAGUUCUUGUCCAUCUUCGCCUCGUCUAACUCAGAUUUCAGGCGGAGGGCGUUUUCAUGGUUGUUUUACGAAGGUGAAAGUGAAGAACUGAAUGCUUCACAAACAGUUGAUUCCCACAUUUUCCCCCAACAUUUCUUGGAAUCAGAAGGUAGAUUAGGUCUGGCUCCAGCUGCAGUGGUUCAGACACGACGAGAGUCUUUUGAUGCCCCGUUGAAAUCGCUGGAUCACAACAGAAGGCCUAGAUCCAACACUCCCAUAGUAGCAUCUGUGAAGAAAGGCCAACUACUUUCGAAAGAGAAUGAAAGUGCGCUGAUGGAAACCAACCCGUAUCAAGCCAUUGUCAUGGCGAGAGAUUCUCUGAAACAGCGAGAGGAGGCAUCAAAGAUGCAAGCAGAAAUACACAGAUUAGAUAACGAAGCAUGUGAGUUGCAGCACAGGUCUGAGGAGGAUAAACUCUCUAUUCAAGAACUGGAGCUGGUGCUGGUCAAGAAAAGGAGGCGGGCAGAAAAGUGUCGUAGGCUAGCAGAGUCGCAGUCUUCCUACAGGGUAAUGCUGGAGAAGAUGAUCAGAGAUGCCAUGCACCAAAGCGUCGUCUAUAAGGAACAAGUGAGGUUGAAUCAAGCGGCAGCAAGUGCUCUUAUGGCUAGACUCGAAGCUCAGAAAGCAAUAUGUGAUUCUGCUGAGAGAGAACUUCAUGUGAAGCAUAAACAGAGAGAUGAGCUGGAGAAACAGAUAAGACCUGAAUGGGAACAGGCGAGGAAAAGAUCAAGAAUGAACGACGUUGAAGAGGAGGAUGAUGACGACAAGAUCACUCUGCGUUUGCCUGAAAAUGAGCUAAACAUUCAGCAAGAAAUGGAAGAGAACGGUGCUUUAUGUGCAGAAACUGCAAUGGACGCUCUUCUUCUGUGUUUGCCCGACAUCAAAUCCGCUGGUCAUUCACACAAGGAACUAAGGAAGUUCUUAGAGGAGGAGCAGAGAGCUUCAACAGCAAGUCCACUGCCAAACGAGGGACAAGAGGAGGAAGAACUCGAAGGUGAGAAGGAAACUACUAAAAUUCGAGUCUUGAAGCCUGAUCUAGAUAAAACUAGAGAAGAUGUUGCUGGAGAGAAUGAGUACAUAGUUGAAGAAAGGCUUGAAAAGCUGGAGAUUGAAGAUGGAGGGAAGGUAUACGAUAUUCAGUUCCCAUUUCCCCACGAAUCAGAGGAAGAGGAGGAUGAGGAAAGCAGAAGACGACGUGGGAAAGGCAAUAUAGAGAAAUGGAUGCAGUUUCUGCUUGAAAACACGCAGGAGGACGCAGAGAUAAAUACUCAUACCUCUGAUGGAAAAGAGACCACCAGGACAGAUGAACUGAUCGAGAAGAUGAACAUGAUAUAUCCCCACACAGAUAUUAAAGAUUCAAGGGCUCGGAAAUCAGUGUGCACAGAGACUCUGAGACUGGUUGGAGAAACGAUGAGUGAUGAGAACACAAAUGAGGAGGAUAAAGAGAAUGACAUAAAUAUGGGAAAUAUCAACACUCCAUUCAAGAACCCACCUUACAGAGUUGUGCCACAGAAAAUAACUGCAAAGGAAUCGGCUUCACCUGGUAGAGGAGCAGGAAGAGUAAGCAGCCCUGAUGAGAAAGUUAGGAGAGAGAAAGUCGGAAAGGAAAGGGGACUUGAGAGGUCAGAGAGUGCCAGGGCAUUUCGCCGCAUACCAUCGUCUCCCUCUCUUAUAUUGGAAGGCAUGAAAAAGAGAGUGGACUGCAUAAGAAGAAAACCCUUGGUACUUGAUGAUAAUGAUGGAGAUGAGAGCCUUGCAGCUAGAAAAAGCUUUAUGAAAUCAUCCAUCAAAACGAUUAAGAAAGCAGUGAGGAUUUAGGUUGUGUAUGUGGUUAGGUUAUAUGUGUGUAUGUGUGUUAUUUGUUGAGAGCCCCAAACUCUCCUAACAAAAUAAUUGGUGUGAUCUUUUUUUUUCUUCCUAUUCAUUAUUGGCUUGUUUGUCAUAUUGGUUUGUGGAAAUGUAUGUAAAAUAACAGCUUGUUGUGAUAUCUUUCA